AUGGAGCCUGGUGGACUUCUGAGAGUCCUGGUGCUCUUCAUCCUCUUCGUGAAUGUCCAGGGACCUGGCCUAAGUGACCGGUUCUUUCCCAAAAAAUGCCCCAGAAUCAGAGAGCAGUGUGAAUUCAGAGAGAGGGACCUGUGUACCAAGGACAGGCAGUGCCCGCACAACCAGAAGUGCUGCGUCUUCAACUGCGGGAAGAAGUGCAUUGACCUCCAACAAGACAUAUGCACUCUGCCAAAAGAAAGCGGGCCCUGCAUGGCUCUGUUCCGCCGUUGGUGGUACAGUAAGAACAAUAACACCUGCUAUGGCUUCGUGUAUGGCGGCUGCCAGGGAAACAACAACAAYUUCCAGACCAAGAGCAUCUGCCAAAAUGCCUGCCAACAAAAAACGUGA